CAAACCGGAUCGGUGAUUGAUCCAAACAGCUGUGCUGUCUAGGGGACUUUUAAUCCCGUAUUGAUCCUUUACAAACCGAAGUCCCCAGGCUACAGGUCCCCAACCCCGAGCACCGCGGAGACGCCUCCCCGACCCUCCGGACUGCUUGGCGUAUCCGGACGCGAUCGGGGAACGUCCACCGGGACGCGAUCCGGGAACGUGGAUGGCACCGGAGGCCCUGCUAGGUCUCGGGGAUCCGCUGGAGCGUCUAGCCCCCGAGUGCCUCUGGCUUUUGGGGAGCGGGGAGAGCCUGCGGACUCUUUAAAUGUGUUGCUCAUCAUGUGUUUGCUUCUGAAGACUUGCGAAUUAAAAUCAGCAAAUAUGUCUAAACCAAAUAUCCUGCUGAUAAUGGCAGACGAUCUGGGCAUUGGGGAUCUCGGUUGCUAUGGAAACGACACACUAAGGACACCGAACAUCGACCGGCUCGCGGAGGAAGGUGUGAGGCUCACCCAGCACCUGGCGGCCGCCCCCCUCUGCACCCCGAGCAGGGCCGCCUUCCUCACGGGGAGACACGCCUUCAGAUCAGGCAUGGACGCCACGGACGGCUACCGGGCCCUAAUGUGGAACGCGGGCUCGGGGGGACUCCCGCAGAAUGAAACCACGUUUGCAAAGAUCCUUCAGCGGCAGGGGUACACCACGGGCCUCAUCGGAAAAUGGCAUCAGGGUGUAAACUGUGCCUCGCGCACCGACCACUGCCAUCACCCUCUGCACCACGGCUUUGACUAUUUCUACGGCAUGCCCUUCACGCUGGUCAACGACUGCCACCCAGACAGGCCCCCGGAAGUGGACGCGGGCUUGAGGGCCAGGCUGUGGCUUUACACCCAGAUCAUGGCCCUGGGCGUGUUGACCAUCGUGGCCGGCAAAGCCUGCAGGCUGAUCUCCGUUUCCUGGAAACUAGUCUUGAGUGUGGCCACCCUGGUCCUGCUGUUUUUCACGUCCUGGUACGCCAGCUUUGGCUUCGUCCGCCACUGGAACUGCAUCCUGAUGAGAAACCACGAAGUCACUGAGCAGCCCAUGGUUUUGGAAAGAGCUUCGAGCCUCGUGCUUGAGGAAGCCGUUUCCUUUAUUGCAAGAAAUAAGCGUGGUCCAUUCCUGCUCUUCGUGUCUCUGCUGCAUGUCCAUAUCCCCCUGGUGACCACAGAAAGGUUCCUUGGGAAAAGUCAUCACGGCUUGUAUGGUGACAACGUGGAGGAGAUGGACUGGCUGGUGGGGGAGAUUCUGAAUGCCGUUGAAGAACACGGUCUGAAAAACACGACUCUUACGUACUUCACCUCUGAUCACGGAGGACACUUGGAGGCGAGAGACGGACACGUCCAGCUGGGCGGGUGGAAUGGAAUAUACAGAGGUGGCAAAGGCAUGGCCGGCUGGGAAGGCGGGAUCCGGGUCCCGGGGAUAUUCCGGUGGCCCGGCGUCCUGCCGGCCGGCCGCGUGGUCCAAGAGCCCACCAGCCUGAUGGACGUCUUCCCCACUGUGGUCCAGCUGGCGGGCGGCCAGGUGCCCCAGGACAGGGUGAUUGACGGCCGGAGCCUGCUGCCCCUGCUGCGGGGAGACGCUGAGCACUCGGCUCACGAGUUCCUGUUUCAUUACUGCGGGCAGUAUCUCCACGCCGCCCGCUGGCACGAGAAGGACAGUGGAAGGCUCUGGAAGGUCCAUUACACCACGCCCCUCUUCCACCCCGAGGGCGCGGGGGCCUGCCACGGCCGCGGCGUGUGCCCCUGCUCGGGGUCCGGCGUGACCCACCACGACCCGCCCCUGCUCUUCGACCUGUCCAGGGACCCGUCCGAGGCCCGGCCCGUGUCCCCCGACGCCGGGCCCCUGUACCGCGAGGCGGUGGCCCGCGUGGGCCGGGCGGUCCGGGAGCACCGCGGGUCCGUGAGCCCGGCGCCUGCGCAGUUCUCCUUCCGCCAUGUGGCCUGGAAGCCGUGGCUGCAGCCCUGCUGCGGGAUCUUCCCGUUCUGCGCGUGCUCCCGGGACGUGGACCCCGGGGAGACCUGACCUCGCUGCUCCCAAGGUCACGGCACGGGGUGGGCGAGGAGGCAGGGAAAACGGGACCCCUGUGUGCUGUCCGGGACGGAAAACUGGAGCAGCCGCUUGGGGCAGCAGGCUGGAGGGUCCUCCAACCACCAAAAAAUGGAACUGCCCUAGGAUGCAGCAAUCCCAGCCCUGCGUGCGCGCGUGUGCGUGUGUGAGAGAGAGUCUCUCGGUCGUGUCCAACUCUAUACGACCGCAUGGACUGCAGCCCUCCAGGCUCCUCUGUCCAUGGGAUUCUCUACCCAAUAAUACUGUAAUGGGUCGCCAUUUCCUCCUCCAGGGGAUCUUCCUGACCCAGGGAUCGAACUGGAGUUUCCUGCAUUGCAGGCAGAGUCUUUACAACUGAGCCCCCAGGGAAGCCCUGAGUAUUUGUCUGCAGGAGAUGAAAUCAGGAUAUUGAAGACUUAUUUGCACCUCUGUGUUCACAGCAGUGCCAAUCACAAUAGCCAAGACAAGGUAACAACCCAAGUGUGUUAUGGAGAUGGAUGAAUGAAUACAGAAAAUACAUGUGCACACACAUAGUCAUGCUCUUUGUGACCCCAUGGACUGUAGCCCACCAGGCUCUUUUGUCCAUGGGAUUCUCCAGCUAAGAAUACUGGAGUGG